GCAAGCGUCGAGGGCGGGGCGACGGUACUGUGUGUCCCGGGAGCCGCCAGGGCUUUGCGGGGGGCCUCUGGUGCCAUGAUCCGGAACGGGCACGGGACUGCCAGCGCUGCUGGGCUGAAGGGUCCGGGAGAUCAGCGCACCGUGCGGGUGUGGUGCGAUGGCUGCUAUGACAUGGUGCAUUAUGGCCACUCCAACCAGCUACGGCAGGCACGGGCCAUGGGGGACUACCUCAUCGUGGGCGUGCAUACGGAUGAGGAGAUUGCCAAGCAUAAGGGGCCCCCGGUGUUUACUCAGGAGGAGAGGUACAAGAUGGUACAGGCCAUCAAGUGGGUGGAUGAGGUGGUGCCCGCUGCUCCCUACGUCACCACCCUGGAGACACUGGACAAGCACAACUGUGACUUCUGUGUUCACGGCAAUGACAUCACGCUGACCGUAGAUGGCCGAGAUACCUAUGAGGAAGUGAAGCAGGCUGGGAGGUACAGAGAGUGCAAACGCACCCAGGGUGUGUCCACCACAGACCUCGUGGGUCGCAUGCUGCUGGUGACCAAGGCCCACCACAGCAGCCAGGAGAUGUCCUCUGAGUACCGGGAAUAUGCUGACAGUUUUGGAAAGCCCCCUCACCCGACACCUGCCGGGGACACACUUUCCUCAGAAGUCUCCUCCCAGUGCCCUGGGGGGCAGAGCCCCUGGACAGGGGUGUCCCAGUUUCUACAGACAUCCCAGAAGAUCAUCCAGUUUGCUUCUGGGAAGGAACCCCAGCCCGGGGAGACGGUCAUCUAUGUGGCUGGGGCCUUUGACCUGUUCCACAUCGGGCACGUGGACUUCCUACAGGAGGUGCACAAGCUAGCCAAGAGGCCCUACGUCAUCGCCGGCCUACACUUUGACCAGGAAGUAAACCGGUACAAGGGCAAGAACUACCCCAUCAUGAACCUGCACGAGCGGACUCUCAGUGUGCUGGCCUGCCGGUAUGUUUCAGAAGUGGUGAUUGGGGCACCAUACUCUGUCACAGCGGAGCUCCUGAAUCACUUCAAGGUGGACCUGGUGUGUCAUGGGAAGACAGAGAUUGUACCCGACAGGGAUGGGUCUGACCCCUACCAGGCCUCUAGGAGCCCAAGAGAAGAGGCAUCUUCCAUCAAAUUGACAGUGGCAGUGACCUCACUACAGACUUGA